UCACGGCGGAAAAGAAAAUAUAUUGUCAUAAAUCACUACUCUGACUCACAAUCAGGAUCAGUAUCAAAGUCGGUGUCAUUAUCGUAAAAGAAACCAUCCGUGUCAUGGAACUCCUCCACCCUCACGAGCUGCCUCAACUGGCUCAUCUCCGCAUCAUCACACUCUAAGGGGUGAAAACAUGAUUUUGGCAGACGCACGGCCUCGAGAGGGUAUCCAGCAGAUGCUCGUGCUCGAACGAUAUCGAUUAACGGACCAACGCCAGAUUUUCUGCCGCAAGAAAUAGUGCGCAUACGCUGGCAUGGGUAUCCUGUGAGUAUCUGGUCCGAGCUCAGGUCGGAAUCGGUGACUUGAAGCUGUUUGUUGGAUCCUGGCAAGAUGUUAUUACUCGAAAAUGAUAGCGCUGGAGUAUACGCUCGCGCGUGAAUAGCUUCCCCCCUCAAUCUCCGCUGAGACUGAGGUAUCAGAAAAGAACCAAGAUCGUCCGUCACCUCAAGCUCAAUAUUUUCAAGCAUCGGAAAAUGAACCAAAGAUUCUGGUCUCAGCUGAUUAAGGUAUAUCACGAAAUACAGACGGAGAGUUUUGAGAACAGGGUACCAUGGUUUGUGUGACAGCUGCCCAAAGAUCUUGUCGAGAGAGAAGCCAGUGGUGUAGCAGAGUUCUAGAUAUUCCAGAGAAGGCGCCAUGAGCGAAAGGAGUAGUAGCGUCGAUUGUCUAUCGGCGCAGUUAACGCCCAAGAAGCGCAGCGAAGGUGCUGUGACAAUACUCUUCGGACCCACCGCAUCAAAGGAAGGCGAUUUUCCACGAAUGACGAGCUUCUCCAGGGCAGGGCAGUUUGCAAUGACAUCUUGAAACUCGCUCCAGCUGAGUCCCCUACUAUCUAAAUCAACCAAAAAGUCGAGACUGACGAGGCCAGAAAGCGGAGAACAGCACUUUAGGCAAAUGUGCUUGAGCUUGAGGGAGCGCAGGGAAGGCGUAUGUUUGGGAAGGCAAUAUUUGUGGUCAGAUCUAUGCGGCGUUUGAGGAGCUGCGGACUGUUCCAAGGUUAUGUGCCUGAGGAAUGGAGCAGAUAUGUUUUCGAAUUGCGGAAUGAAUCGAUCGUCGAGCUCAAGCGACUUCAACACCAAACAUCGCCAUCGAUUUGCGUGGGGAAUAAAUGUGUCGAUCAGUUGUUGUGUGCUCCAGGUAGAAGCCCUAUGCGAGUGAUUUACGAUGAAAUCGAUCGACAGCGGCUCAGAUCUCUCCAAGCAGAGCUGGGGAAAGGAAAGGCUAUAUUCGGGGGUGAUGCAGAUCGUGCGCCAGAGAAAUGGAAGAUCCCUUGCUACUUCACGCCAGCGGCGACAGAUGCACGCUACCAGAAGGGAGAAAGGGGGGAGCGUUCGAGGGGAUUUCUCCGUGUUACCAAUAGUAAAGAUCGCUGCGAGAAGCUCGUUAGGAAGAUCUUGGAUAUGGAACCUCCAUGGUGGUUCCCCGACACCCUCUUCCACAGCCAGAAGAUCAAGAAUGUUAUCUGCUAACGACGACUCUGAGACAGAGCUUUCUGACCCAGAAUUCCUGUAGCGAAUAGGCAAUUGUGAGCUGGUAACAACGGCCAUAAAAUUUGUGUGUUGUACCUUGUGGGAGACAUGUACUGCUCAAGGACUGUAAGAUAAGAUGGAGUAGUGUGUUUAUAUAAACUCACUGUUCUGGAU